CAACUACUCGUGGCUCUAACUGGGGCCAUAUCCUUUUUAAAAUGGUUCAUCCAUACAUUCCAAACAUUUUCCACAUACUGUUCACAUAGCAAUAUACAAAGAUGAAUAAGACACAUUGUACACAUGUAGAUACAGUAUAUUUAGAUAUAUAAAAUGUCUUCUUAAAACAUACUUGACUAUUACUUAUUAUUCUGAUGUGAGAUAUGUGCGGACAUCAUGCAGAUACAGAUCUGGUAAUAGUUACAAUUUCUUAUUCAUCUGAAUACUGCAGAAUUCAUCUGCAAUUCAUUUCUUUUGAAUGAUUAAAAAUACUCCAAGAUCACAUCUAGGUGGGCUACAUUUGGUUUGGCUGCCAGUUGAAUAGGCCCAUUGCAGGCUUCUCAGAUUCCUGCACUUCUCUAGAUAGACGCAACAGCUGUUUCUCUGCUAUUCCAAACGCCUCAUUCGCUAGGGAGGGGUCCACCCCUGAAUACCUGAAACUUGAAAUGGCUAACUGGCUUUGAAUAGCAAGCUAUUGUCCAGCCAAAUCCUGCAUGUACAGUUUUGAGACUUCCUCCUUUAGAGGCAAUGACAGCACAGAAUAGAUAAGUCACUCUAAUGUAACUCUGUCAUGAAUCAGUAUGCUGUCUCGCAUUAUGAAACUUUGAGCCCUAUUUAGUCAUAUUUUACUGUAUUCUGUCACUCAACAAAAAGUCAUUAAUACAAAACAUACCCAUUAACCCACCAGUAAAAAUAUCAUUCCUAAAAUCUGUCUGUAUAUUAAAAUCUCCAAUAUGUUUCCUAAGCGGUUUUUGUACAUAAACAAGCCAUAUUACCUAGCAGUGCUCGCCUAUAUCGUGUCAAUUAUGUGAACAGAGAAAGGAAAUGGCUAGCAGUACCUCAGGAAGACCUAGCGGAACAGAGUGUCAGCGUGAAGUACGCUGAGUGCCUGGACAGGAUGGAGAAGCUGAAGGAGUACCGGAAGCAGAAAGAAAAGGCUUCACCCACUAAGCCUGUGGAGAACCAGUCAGAUGACAGAGAGAAUGAUGGUGAUGAAAGUGAUGACUCUAAGUUUUUCCAGAGUCUGCUGCAGGGAUCUAUCGUCAUGGAGAACGUCAAGUGGAGCGACGUGGCCGGGCUGGAGGGAGCGAAGGAGGCGCUGAGAGAAGCAGUCAUUCAUCCAAUCAAAUUUCCUCACCUCAUCACAGGGAAGAGGACCCCGUGGAUGGGCGUCUUGCUUUUCGGGGCUCCUGGCACCGGGAAGACCUACCUCGCCAAAGCCGUGGCCACAGAGGCCUACGGCUCCACCUUCUCUGUCUCCUCGUCCGACCUGGUGUCCAAGUGGCUGGGGGAUAACAGGAUGCUGGUGAAGAACCUCUUCAGCCUAGCUCGGAAGCGCAAGCCUUCCAUCAUCUUCAUCGAUGAUAUUGACUCACUGUGCUGCUCCAGGAGCGAGAACGAGAGCGAGGCAUCCCAGCAGGCCAAGACAGAGUUCCUGGCUCAGAUGCAGGGUGUCGGGAAUGAUAAUGAAGGAAUCCUUGUGCUGGGAGCCACCAGCAUCCCCUGGACCCUGGACCCUGCCAUCAGGAGAAGGUUUGAGAAGCGUAUCUACGUCCCCCUCCCUGAAGAGCAGGCCCGCAUCUUUAUGUUCAAGCAGCACCUGGGCUCCAGCCCAAACAGCUUGACUGAGUCCGACUUUGUGACCCUGGGCCAGAAGACGGAGGGCUACUCGGGGGCCGACAUCAGCAUCAUCGCGAGGGAUGCCCUGAUGCAGCCCGUCCGGAUGGUUCAGUAUGCCACGCACUUCAAACGGGUUCGAGGGGCAGUGUGGAACGACCUUGGUCAGGUGAUGGAUGACCUGUGGGCCCCAUGUUCCCCAGAGGAUCCCAUCGCUGUAGAGAUGACCUGGAAGGACAUCCAGGACUCCAAGUUACAGGAGCCAGUCGUCAGCAUGUCGCACGUGCUGAAGUCUCUGUCCAACACCAAGCCGACGGUGGACGAGCUGGACCUGGAGAAGCUGAAGGAGUUCAUGGAAGACUUUGGCCAGGAGGGUUAGCGCGCAUGCCUUGGUCACGAAUGUAGCACGGAAGGACUGGACCCUGCUUUCUCCCGCCUUUCCUUUCCUUCCGCUGGUCUCAAGUCCAACAAGCCAGUCUCUGCAUAUAGCUUAUGAGUGUGUUGUUUUUGCACACUCAUUCACUUUACAAAUUAAAUAUAUAUUUUUUUGUUAUUUGAGGACGAUGAUGAACACAAAGACUGCUUUCAGUGUAUUGUUAUUUUUUGUAUCUUUUGUAUAUUGCUUUGAAAUACUACAGGACUAGCGUCAUGGGUUCUUGAGAGAUGGAGCAAUGCGUGUUGAUUUUAUGAAGCUGUUUACUUCUGAAGUAUGCAUCUGUAAUCUCUUGGCCGUUAUAAAUACUGUAACUGAACCGCUAACGUUAAUUAACCAUCCUGGCAAACAGGAUUAUAGUGGUUGUCUGUGAUUCACAGGGUAAGAUUUCAGUGUCAAAUUUAUCAAAGGAUUUCAUUUUAUUUUAUUAUUGUAUUUAUUUAUCUAUUGAAGAAGAGAUGCUAUAAGUGAGUGCAUGUCAUUUUAACAGUGUAUUACAUGUCAGUGCAUUGUAAUUUUUCUUAACAGUCACAAAGUACGGUAAAUGGAACCAGAUCAUGACUGGUUGUCUACGACCCCACGUUCAUUCCUGUUUGUUUUUAAAGAAAUAAGCCAACUGUACUCCUUUUAAACAAUGGAUGGGACGUUCAUAGCAUUACUGAGGGUGGAAACAUGAUUGUUGUAGUGAGAGUAGCCUAUGUAUAUGUUGACUGUUAUCCAUUAACUGUUUCAGCCAGAGGCAUAGUGAUUUAGAUGGAAAAACACACGAUGGGGAAAAUGGACUGUUGUAAUGCACGCAGGAGACUGUUUCGUGGGCUCUUGUGAAUCUCCGUCCCUGUGAUGUUGCCCACUCAAAGCGGGGACCUUGGAGAAUCACAAAAUGGUACUUUUUUUGUUCCCCUUUGAACUGAAAACUAAUAUGGACUGUUGGGGGAGGAGAUGGAGAAAGAGAGUGAGAGAGAGAGACAGAGAGAGGAAGUGAGACUGACAUUAUAAGGCCCUUUACUGCCCUUUAUCACAACAUCAAACAUGAAGGGGAAAAAAAAUCUAAAAUAUAAAGCAAAAAUAUUACCAAAAUGCAUGAGAGAGAGCGAUAGGGAGAGAGAUGUCUCUGCAUUACGUGGACUGCAGUCUUUGAACUGUUGGCUCUUCCUGAGUUAAAGCUUGCUCAUUUCGUUUACUGCCUUACUGCAGUGUUGAAUGCAUGUAGCUGUAUGUCUGUACAUAUCAUGCUUUUUAAUGCCAUGAAAUGCCCCUUCUGUGAUAAAUUUACAUGUCUUGGCCAAGGCUUCUGUAUUUUUGGUUUGAAGCCUUGAAAUUUGAAAAGUUGAAGGAUUAAAACAGUUGGAGAUGGUGCAAUUGGCAUAUGAAACCUGAGUGUAAUUAUCUUUUAUACGAUAGUAAUGAAACUCUGUAUGCCUUUGUCACGGUGUGCUAUCUGCUGUUAGCAAUAUUGCACACUGAUGCUUGUAAAUGUCCAUGAAAAAUGUGAGUGUCAAGGAACAUGCUCAGCACAACAAUGCAAAGGUUCAUUUGGCUUUGAGGCUGGGGCUUUUCUUAUUUUUAUUGCACAUAUAAAAUGAUUAUUGAAAAUUCAUGUGCCAGACAUUUUGUUCAGGUGAUGUGCGUAAUUUUCUGGAAAUAAAAAAGCAUUUAUUGUAUUAACUGUCACGCUACAGGCAAAUGGGUUAAACCAUAAAUAGAUAAAUAGAGUGUGUUUGAGUCCGUAUAGGCUAUAGCAACUUAGUCCACAAGUAAAUAUGGCAAAUAUCUAGCCCUGGAUUUAUGGACAAAUAUUGUAUUUAUAUGUUACCACAUAUAUAGAUUGAGCUCAUUUUUAAAGCUGUGCCAGUUAUUGUAGUACAUUAAGUGUGUGCUCAGAUAUAUCACUAUAACCAACCAGUUGUAUAAAUAAACCAGCUAACUAUA